AUGCGUUAUGGAGAUAAAAACGGAGUAGUGUCGUCUGUUAGUGCUGAUGCCGAUAAUGAUGAUGAUGAUGACGGUGAUGGUGGCGAUGUUGACGACGUGGUAGUGAUGGUUGUUGAUGGCGAUAGUUUUGGCCUUCCUGAACGUUUUGAUAUGAGAAAAAUGAAUCGAUUUCGGUGGGUAACGAAGAAAAGAAAAUAA